AUGUCUCCCGAGUCACAAUGGAAAGGGCCGAUAGAAGCCAACCACGCAAUGGCGCUUAUUCCGACAGACACCCGACGUGAUUUUCACGUUAUCCGGAGCCUUUCUGAUGCGCUGCUUGCUCGCACGGCCCUGGGAUUUCGUCAUUCGCGCGAAGUUUUCCAUCAUGUCUAUCAAAGUGAGUCUGACAAACGCUAUGCUGGUGCGAACCUCGGCAUCCGAGGCAGGAAAAUGUCAACAAUUGCCACGUCCCAGCUUACUAUUCAGACUCAGCCGGUUGCUAACAAGAGCAUCGACAUUGCCAAAUCUGCGCCGACGUGGUCCUCACCGCUUUCUACCUUAUCGAUAGCAUUCUCAGCAUGCCGUCCCCCUUCAAGCACGCAUCGGCAAACUACUGCAGCUCCAGAUCCUCGGCUAUACCACAUUGCGUAUAGAUUACUGAGCCGCCUUUCCUCUGAACGGCAAAGCGGCCUCGGCCAAGACCCUGGUCAACACGGUACUGCCGGAGUUUAUUUGCAGUAA